GUGACUGGAGGGUCAUUUUAACACCGGCGAAUGAAAGGACGGGGCCGGUCCGUUCCAGUCUUGUUGGAUUCGAGUUGAAACUCUCCCCAUUUGAAUUUCCAAAUCUCAGCAGCCAAAUGUGUGGGGGCGCCUUAAUGCGGAUUUUGCUUGGACUCCUCUUCUUUGGGGUACACGAUACUAGUGAAUGUCCACUGAUGAUCCAGCCUUCCACAGUGGUGGUGAGAUAUGGAGAUCCAGUAUUGGUGAACUGCACUGUUUCAGGAGAUCAUGAGGGAAUCGGCUGGGAGGCUUCAGAGGGAUCUGUUGACAUGGUAUCAGACGUCCAGUUUGCCACCUGGAGAUUGGAGACCCUGACAGACUGGGAGAUAAGACCUAGAUGCUUCGGAAACUUUCAGACCGGUCCAGACUAUGGACCUUUUCAGUGUGAAAAAAGGCUCAACAUUACAGUGUACAAGCCUCCAGACAGUGUCUCCAUCAGUGCUCUGAACCACGCAGGCCCAAUGCUGGAGGGGGAACAGUACCAGCUGCAGUGUGAGGUCCAGAACAUCGCUCCUGUUCAGUACCUCACUGUGAAGUGGUACAAAGGGGAAACAUUGGAGACUCAAACCUCCUAUGAUGCUCUCACUAAGACUCCAGUGAAUGUUUCCUCUACCCUCCUGAUCAAACCCACCAGCGCUGAUGAUGGAGCGCAGUACAGCUGUGUGGCAGAGCUGGAACUGGGACCUGAAGGACCACAACCCCCACCUUCAACUGAAUCUGAUCCCCUCAACAUCACUGUGCAAUUCUGCCCACUCAAAAUGGAGCCUUCGACGUUGGUGGUGAGAUAUGGAGAUCCUGUAUCGGUGAACUGCACUGUUUCAAGUGUUCAUGAGGGAAUCGGCUGGGAUGCUUCAGAGGGAUCUGUUGACAUGGUAUCAGAUUUAAAGUUUGUCACCUGGAGUUUGGAGACCCUGACAGACUGGGAGAUAUCACCUAAAUGCUUCGGGAACUUUCUAAUCAAUGGAGAACCUGAUCAGUGUGCUAAAGAUCUCAAAAUUACAGUGUACAAGCCUCCAGACAGUGUCUCCAUCAGUGCUGUGAACCACGCAGGCCCAAUGCUGGAGGGGGAACAGUACCAGCUGCAGUGUGAGGUCCAGGACAUCGCUCCUGUUCAGUACCUCACUGUGAAGUGGUACAAAGGGGAAACAUUGGAGAAUCAAACCUCCUAUGAUGCUCUCACUAAGACUCCAGUGAAUGUUUCCUCUACCCUCCUGAUCACACCCACCGGCGCUGAUGAUGGAGCGCAGUACAGCUGUGUGGCAGAGCUGGAACUGGGACCUGAAGGACCACAACCCCCCCCUGAAGUGAAAUCUGAUCCCUUCAACAUCAUUGUGCACUAUACUAGUGAAUGUCCACUGAUGAUCCAGCCUUCCACAGUGGUGGUGAGAUAUGGAGAUCCAGUAUCGGUGAACUGCACUGUUUCAGGAGAUUAUGAGGGAAUUGGCUGGGAGGCUUCAGAGGGAUCUGUUCACAUGGUAUCAGACGUCCAGUUUGUCACCUGGAGUUUGGAGACCCUGACAGACUGGGAGAUAAGACCUAAAUGCUAUGGGAACUUUCUAACCAAAGCAGGACCUGAUCAGUGUGAUAAAAGGCUCAACAUUGCAGUGUACAAGCCUCCAGACAGUGUCUCCAUCAGUGCUGUGAACCACGCAGGCCCAAUGCUGGAGGGGGAACAUUACCAGCUGCAGUGUGAGGUCCAGGACAUCGCUCCUGUUCAGUACCUCACUGUGAAGUGGUACAAAGGGGAAACAUUGGAGAAUCAAACCUCCUAUGAUGCUCUCACUAAGACUCCAGUGAAUGUUUACUCUACCCUCCUGAUCACACCCACCAGUGCUGAUGAUGGAGCGCAGUACAGCUGUGUGGUAGAGCUGGAACUGGGACCUGAAGGACCACAACCCCCCCCUGAAGUGAAAUCUGAUCCCCUCAACAUCACUGUGCACUAUAAACCCAGGAUCACAGAGUGCCCGAACCAUGUGAAGCUGAGGGAGGGUGAAUCUCUGGAUACUUUGGUCUCCUGCAGAGCUGAGGGGAAUCCCUCUCCCGUGGUCACAUGGUACAGAGACCAAUCAGAGUUCAACGGUUCCACGCAACUGACCAGGAGAGAUGCUGGGCAGUAUGUCAUGACAGCAAAAAACACUUUGGGAAGCGUCAGUGUCAACUUCACAGUUGGCUAUGGACCCAUAUUUAACUGCAGUCACAAAUAUGAGGUGACAGCAAAUGAGCGUCAUGCCCUCAGGUGCAGGGCAGAGGGCUUCCCUUUACCUGAGGUCACCUGGUUUAAGGAAGACGAGGAGGUGGAGCUCCCAGCUCAAAUGACCCGGGAAAAUGAGGGGCAGUACAUCCUCACAGCUCGGAACGCCUUUGGAACGGCCAAUCACUCCAUGGAAAUCGACGUUCUCUAUCCACCAUCAGAGAUUUUCAAGCUUGAAAGUGAUGCGGUGGAUUUGGGGGCAUCGGUGGUGCUGAAGUGUUCUUCACAUGGGGACCCUCAACCCAGGUACAGCUGGACGUAUCCCAGUGCGGCCAAUGUGCUGGAGAAUAGCGUCGAUGGGGUGUCCCUGCUUCACAUCUUCAAUGCUUCUGAGGAGAACAAUGGCUCUUAUACUUGCUACGCCCAGAACCGGAUUGGACACGUCAACAAGACUGUCAGCCUGAUUGUCAGGGGGAAGAAUUCAACCACAACCAUUUCAGGAUGCCCACUCAAAAUGGAGCCUUCCACAGUGGUGGUGAGAUAUGGAGAUCCAGUAUCGGUGAACUGCACUGUUUCAGGAGGUCAUGAUGGAAUCGGCUGGGAGGCUUCAGAGGGACCUGUUGACAUGGUAUCAGACGUCCAGUUUGUCCCCUGGAGUUUGAAGACCCUGACAGACUGGGAGACAUCACCUAAAUGCUUCGGGAACUUUCCAAUCGAUGCUGAUCUUGAUGGACGUGAUCAGUGUUCUAAAGAGCUCAACAUUACAGUGUACAAACCUCCAGACAGUGUCUCCAUUAGUGUUGUGAACCACACAGGCCCAAUGCUGGAGGGGGAACAGUACCAGCUGCAGUGUGAGGUCCAGAACAUCGCUCCUGUUCAGAACCUCACUGUGAAGUGGUACAAAGGGGAAACAUUAGAGAAUCAAACCUCCUAUGAUGCUCUCACUAAGACUCCAGUGAAUGUUUCCUCUACCCUCCUGAUCACACCCACCAGCGCUGAUGAUGGAGCGCAGUACAGCUGUGUGGCAGAGCUGGAACUGGGACCUGAAGGACCACAACCCCCCCCUGAAGUGAAAUCUGAUCCCCUCAACAUCACUGUGCACUAUAAACCCAGGAUCACAGAGUGCCCGGACCAUGUGAAGCUGAGGGAGGGUGAAUCUCUGGAUACCUUGGUCUCCUGCAGAGCUGAGGGGAAUCCCUCUCCCGUGGUCACAUGGUACAGAAACCAAUCAGAGUUCAACAGUUCCACACAACUGACCAGAAGAGAUGCUGGGCAGUAUGUCAUGACAGCAGAAAACACUUUGGGAAGCGUCAGUGUCAACUUCACAGUUGGCUAUGGACCCAUAUUUAACUGCAGUCACAAAUAUGAGGUGACAGCAAAUGAGUGUCAUGCCCUCAGGUGCAGGGCAGAGGGCUUCCCUUUACCUGAGGUCACCUGGUUUAAGGAAGACAAGGAGGUGGAGCUCCCAGCUCAAAUUACCUGGGAAGAUGAGGGGCAGUACAUCCUCACAGCUCGGAACGCCUUUGGAACGGCCAAUCACUCCAUGGACAUCAACGUUCUCUUUUCAGAAUGCCCACUCAAAAUGGAGCCUUCCACAGUGGUGGUGAGAUAUGGAGAUCCAGUAUCGGUGAACUGCACUGUUUCAGGAUUUCAUGAUGGAAUCGGCUGGGAGGCUUCAGAGGGAUCUGUUGACAUGGUAGAAGACGUCCAGUUUGUCACCUGGAUAUUGGAGACCCUGACAGACUGGGAGAUAAGACCUAGAUGCUUCGGAAACUUUCUAUUCUAUGCAGACCAUUUUAAUUGUUUUGAAGUGCUCAGUAUUACAGUGUACAAGCCUCCAGACAGUGUCUCCAUCAGUGCUGUGACCCACACUGACCCAAUGCUGGAGGGGAAACAGUACCAGCUGCAGUGUGAGGUCCAGAACAUCGCUCCUGUUCAGUACCUCACUGUGAAGUGGUACAAAGGGGAAACACUGGAGAAUCGAACCUCCUAUGAUGCUCUCACUAAGACUCCAGUGAAUGUUUCCUCUACCCUCCUGAUCACACCCACCAGCGCUGAUGAUGGAGCGCAGUACAGCUGUGUGGCAGAGCUGGAACUGGGACCUGAAGGACCGCAACCCCCCCCUGAAGUGAAAUCUGAUCCCUUCAACAUCAUCGUGCGCUACUCCCCCUUCUUCAGCAAUGAUGAUGAUGAUGAGACCUUGGAGGUGACAGAGGGGGAAGGGGUCCCGUUAAGAUGCUCCGCCCAGGGGAACCCCCUUCCUGCGUACUCCUGGUCCUCUCCUCUCGACGAAGAAGAGAAGACGAGUCAGAUACAAAUCACCAGCACCUCUCUGACCCCCGGUACCCACGUCUACACCUGCACUGCCUCCAACCAACUAGGACAGCAGAGCAAGAACUUCACUGUCAAAGUUGUCCCCCAAGGUGACCAGACUAUGCUGUGGAUGGUGAUUGUCAUAGGCCUGGCCGUAGCCCUGUUCCUUAUCCUUGGCUACCUCUACUACAAAUCAAGGGAUGGUGCGAAUUCCACCAUCUGAGCACACAGGAAGUGUCACUCAAAGCCCAGAAGGUGGGACUUCCUCUUGUGAGAGAGAAUGGCUACAUGUGGGAUUCAAUAUUUUUUUUUAAAUAUUAUGCUCAUGACUGAAAGUGCCUUGGGGAAUCUGUAGUGAUGCUAGUCUGAGUACUCAUGAUGGGGAAAAACGACAGCAACCAGUAAACACUGUAUAUGAUUUGUUUGAACGAAAGGGCCACUCUCCCGCACAAACACAACGAUUGGGUCAAAUUCAUGUGCAGCUGAACUAGUGGCUCCACCCAUUUUUGGUUUUAUGAAGCCUCUGAAGUCACUUUGAAAGUGGGGCAUUCUUAAAUAUUCAGGGUUCUGUGUGGAGAGAGAGCUGGGGGGGAGGGGGGGGGCAUAAUGGUACAGGGUAGGCAGAGAAUAGGGGGGGAGGGGUGUACAUGAACAUGCACUGUUUUGUCAUUUGUUUGGGACAUAAUUUGCUUGCAAUUUGACUGUCUGAACAACUGAUUUAGUGAUAGUACAGCCCUGGUUGGAAAAUGUGUAGUCCUGACGCAGGAUCAAACAGCAAAAUUGAUUAGUUCACUGGCUUGGGCACUCAGCUAGUCCUGAUCUUUGUUGCUGGCAGGUGAAUGAAGGCUUGCAGUUCUACCUUUUCAGGGUAGGUGAAAACAAGGCCUUUUAUCUAUAGUGGAAAAGCUUUCAGAAAAAAGUAUGCUGCAAUUCCAACCUUGGCUGUGGAUUCAGAUGUCCCUGCACAUGUGUUACAUGUGUCUACUGCAUGCAUGCUUGAAUUUGUUUUCAGUUGUUUUUAACAGAAAUUAUGUUUGCUGACCUUCACAAAUUGCCGUUUUAUGAACUUGCAGUCUUGCGUACUGCUUCUCGACAAGGUAGACAGGUAGUGUUUGGGCUGGACUGUGGUGGAUCCAGCAGUGAACGUGUUGCAGAUCCAACAGUGAACGUGUGGUGGAUCCAGCAGUGAACGUGUGGUGGAUCUAGCAGUGAACGUCAGGUGGAUCCUGCAGUGAACGUGUGGUGGAUCCUGCAGUGAACGUCAGGUGGAUCCUGCAGUGAACGUCAGGUGGAUCCAGCAGUGAACGUCAGGUGGAUCCUUGAAAAAUGCUGGAUUCUCAUGAGUCCCUUUGACUGCAUCUGGCCAUGUCUGAGUAAUGCAUUGAAAUGAACACAGAACUGUGUGUGAGAAUGUGUGUGCAUGUGUGAGUGCUUGUGUUUUUGCUUGUGUGUAUGCGUGCAUGCAGUUGCAGACGCACAUGAUUCCAUGUCUCAACUGCCCAGUUUCUAUGUGCUGAUUUUAAGCUGUAUAGAUGCAAUGUCGAUGAGAAUGAUGUUCAGAUUUCAGGCUCAGAUGCACUGUGAAAAUACUUGGAAAAAUUCUUGUUUCAGUUUAUUAAACAGAAUCUAAAGAUCAAGGA